CACGAACCCGAAAACCCUUCCCCAUCGCCUCCCCCCUUCGCCGCGCCGCCACACUUCUCUCCCCUCCCCUCUUCGCCGCGCCGCGCCGCGCGAGAUCUAGCAUACCGGCGGCGAUGGAGAACGAGCAGCCGGCGGAGAGCUACACGGUGGAGGAGCUCGUGGCCGUGAACCCCUACAACCCCGACAUCCUCAACGACCUCGAGGGCUUCGUCAAUGACCAGGUGUCCAACCAAACAUAUAACUUGGAUGCAAAUCUCAGUCUUCUUCGUCUGUACCAGUUUGAACCAGACAGGUUGAGCGUGCAGAUUGUAUCUCACAUAUUGAUUAAGGCUCUCAUGGCAAUGCCAGGCCCUGACUUCAGCCUGUGCUUAUUCUUAAUUCCGGAGCAUGUGCAAAUGGAGGAACAGUUCAAGACAUUGAUAGUUCUUUCUCACUAUCUGGAGACUGCUAGGUUCCGUCAGUUUUGGGACGAGGCAGCGAAGAACCGCAAUAUAUUGGAUGUUGUUCCAGGUUUUGAGCAGGCAAUACAAUCCUAUGCGAUACAUGUGCUCUCCUUGACAUAUCAGAAAGUUCCUAGGCCUGUUCUCGCUGAGGCCAUCAACAUUGAGGGUCUUGCAUUGGACAAGUUCCUGGAGCACCAUGUUGCAAACUCAGGUUGGGUGAUCGAGAAGGGUGCACGAUCUCAACUGAUUGUCCUUCCGCGCAACGAGUUCAAUCACCCUGAGCUCAAGAAGAACACAGCUGAAACUGUUCCGUUCGAGCACGUAACUCGCAUAUUCCCUGUCCUUAGCUGAUUCAGCCGCCAGACCAACCGAGUUUUAAACCACAGAACUGUGAACGAGUGAAGAGAUACCCCCUUCGUAUUUUCUCUUCAAGGAUGUACUGCGUUUUGAUAUGCCUGUUUUAACUAAAGGAGCAACACCAAAAUCAUAUUUUGAUUAGUUAUGUUAUCCAAGUAUUCUGCCGUGAUGUUACAUUGUUCGCAAGAUGUUUAAUUAGGCCAGAGAAAAUUUUGCAUAGCAUCUUUGGGCACAACUCGAUAUUCCAUUUGUCGUUGCUAGAUUUUCGCUGUUGCUGGUGUUCUGUUGUCCAAUGUGUGUAAUCUGACACUCGACCAUGUAUUAUCAUCAUAGGCAUUUCCUCAGGAAAACAGAUAUGCAUUUCAUCGAGCGCAGCAGGUUUGUC